UGGAUAUUCACAUACAGCUGGAAAGCCAAGAUCUUUCCAAGCCAGCCACCGCCGCUCAUUUUUCAGCCCUACCUUAACAUCCCAAUAUGGUCAAGACCAAGGGUCAGGGGCAACCAGGAGGCAACGCCCCCAAACGAGCCCCACACAAGAAAGUCAGAACGGGUUGCAAGACAUGCAAGUACGUGCGUCCUUGUCCUUGUGCCAGCCAAGAUGUGCCGCUAAUGCCUUUCUUGCUCGCAGGAUCCGUCGCAUUCGAUGCGACGAAGCUAGACCAACCUGCAACAAGUGUACAUCAACGGGCCGUAAGUGCGACGGAUACGCUACCAGCCCGUCGUACCCAUUGCCCGGACAGGGGCCGUCUUCUGCCGCCACGAAUCUGUUAUUGAGCAAUGGUGGGCCCAGAAGUCUGUCCUCCUCCGUGUCCUUUGAGUCCAUGAGCAUCUCGCCAGGACCCAGUCCGACCCCAGGGGAUCGCCUGGGGGCAUACCUCGCGAAACAGGUGGGCCCUAUCACAGGCAUGUCUCUCAACCUGCCGUACUGGAAGUACCUUCCCAGUCGGUUGGACAACAGUCAGGCCUUAUGUGCCUGCCUGACGGUCUUCUGCAACAGCUGGUUGAACUACAAGACAGGGCUCCCACCGCGUCAGCUCAUCGAUCCAAAGCUCUAUGGCCGAGCCCUCAGAAGCUUGCAGGCCGCUAUAGAUGGGCCAGAACAGCUCAAAGUGGAGACCCUCGCUUCGAUUGUCAUCUUGCACCGGAUCGAGACUCUGUUCGACUUGAUACGAGGCUCGCAUGUCUCGAACCAUGCCAAGGGACUCAUCGGCCUGUUGCAGAAGAAGGGGUACCCCAAUCUCGACGAUCCACUGGAAACGCACCUCCUCGUGGAUAUGCAAGCGGCAAUGGUGUCUCACUGGCUCGUCCACCGGGACGUGAACUUUGUGCAUCAGUCAGGUUGGUCGGACGUCUUUAAGCAAUGUGCAGUCGUCGUUGCAGCGGCAGGUGACGACGGGGGGCUCAACUUGGCGCCAUUCCACGAGGUCGACAGAGCACUCGGUUCCUGGGCCGACAUAUGCCAUGAUGUACGCGCCAUAUACAACAUGUCCGAUCGCGAAGCCGCCAAGCUCGAGGCCGCUCGUAAAGAAGACGAGAUACAGCAGAUGCUCGACGAAGUGCGUGAGAGCUCCCAACCGCGAAUCGAGUACAUGCACGCAAACGGCGGCAUUGAAGAGGUCGCUGACCCGACAUCGCCCAGCGGCUACGCAUACGACUUUCCAACAGACAAGUGCUUUGAGAUAUUGCUGUCGUACUGCACAAUCUGUCUCAUCCUCGUCAAGGUCGUGGCUGCGCUGUCCUCAAUACGCGAUAAGCCCAACCCGAGGGCUACUAUGGAGCAUAGGCAAUAUUGCUCCCAGAUGGCCAUGUUCAUCCCGUGGCUACGUCGCCAGGGGGCGCUCGCUUCUCAGCUGUACCUGAGCUCGUUCUGCCUCGCUCACGAGGGUGCCACCGAGGCAGAGAAGGAAGCGAUCCGGAUGUUCAUCGCCGAUACAGACAACUACAGGCAACGGUUCCCACGAGGUGUGGGCAAGCAGGGGCCCUACUGCGAUUAUGUUGCGCGGUGCUUGACAGGCAGGCAGGACUUUGACCUGGCGAUGAGAGGCGACACCUUCCAGGCGGACGAGCAAUGAGCAGUGCUGUCGAAUGAGGCGCGUUUGGUAAUGGCGCUCUCGAAGCAAGAGCAUGUAGUGUUUGAAUAGUUUGAAUGCAGGCUC